AUGAGUCGCAAGAUUUUUUCCGGUACAAAUAGCUUUAUAGGACUUGAGGAAGCAAUUGAAGCAGUCACAACAGAUAGUGAUGAUGACCGGGAAUACGAUUUGGCGAUAAUACCACCUGAUCCCAGUGUCGUAACUGACGAAGAGGAAGGGUCUGAUCAAGAUAUUAUGGUGACGUAUACUUUGCCACGAGAUGUGCCCGGAAAUAUUGAGGUUAUGGUGCUUGAUGAAGGUACUUUGUCGAGCGACUAUGAUUCCAGUGACGAAGAACCAUUGACCGCAAAACGAGUUCGUUGGCAGGCUAAUAUUCAGCAGCGGCAGAAAACUCCAGCCUGGAGAAAAUGUUCACCAUUCUAUACUUUUGGCCAUCAGCAUACGUCUGUGGUGCAAGAUAAACAGAAUGCUAUAAAGGAACAGCUAAAAGACCAAAAUUCUGUACAGAUUUUUGAAAUAAUUUUGGAUGCAGAAGGAUUACAGCUUAUGUUAUCUAAUAGUAUUUUGUACGCUAAUCAAAACAAUAGACACUCUUUUCAACUUGAUUUACCAGACCUAAAAAAAUUCAUUGUUCGUGAGAAUCGCAGUAAAAAGUGCCCAUUGACAGCCACUAAGGAGAUGAAGAAGAAAGAGAGAGCUGCUUUUGAUUACAGAUUCGAUAAAAAUAAUGAACUGUUGUUAAUCAGAUGGAAAGACAAUAGUCUCUGCACGAUGGCUACUAACUAUGAUUACUUUGAACCAAUGGGCACGGUAAAAAGAUGGUGCCCAGAAAUGACAGACAACCGAUGUAAAGAUUCCGCUUUUAUUUGA